UGACAAGCAAGGCAGCGUCUCACUCGCACUCUGGAGCAUACAGCACUGAGCCUCUCCUCUUUUCUUUCUCCUCGCUCUCUCACUACCUUUACUGGAAGACUUUUGCGCUGCUUCUUUCCUGGAGUUUGAAGAACCACAGCUUCAUUUAGAGUUCGCAUAGGUAACAGAAGACCAGAAUAAACACAAAGGAUGGAGGAAAAGAAAGCGCAGAGAAUGAGAAAGUGUUAAAAGAGACAGGAUUUGUGUAGGGAAGCGGGGGCAGGCAGUGGGAAUAAAAAGAGUCAAGAAAAAAGUCUGCAAGCACUGAAAAGUAAAAAGAAAAGUGAACUCUGGAAAACUCGAAGAGUAAGGCUGAGAAGCAAGACUCAGGUCCACGGGAAGUGUUGCAGUCCUGGCGGCCCACAUGCCCAUCGAGUUUGUGUGCAAAAUCAAGUUCGCUGAGGGAGAUGAGGCCAAAUCGGCCCCACCUAAAGGAGGUGGUGGCAACCCAAUGGACAACGGAGCAGGUAUGGCUGACCUGGCUGCUUUUGCCAGCUCUUCAUCUCUGCAUGGCCUCGCCCAGGUGUUGGGGUCAUCAGGAUCAGGCCGAGCAAGCAUGAGGCGGACAGUAUGGGCACUGGCUCUGCUGGCAUCAUUGAUGCUCUUCUUAUAUCAAGCAUCUCGGAGCACAGGUACCUACCUGGAGCACCCACAUGUGGCGGCACUGAGUGAGGAAAGCCGGCGUGAGCUCACCUUUCCCGCCAUCACACUGUGCAAUGUCAACCGCUUCCGCUUCUCUGCACUCACUGACGCUGACAUCUACCACCUCGCCAACCUGACCGGGCUGCCCCCAAAAAGCCGUGGUGGCCACCGACCAGGUGAGCUGCAGUACCCACCUCCGGAUAUGCUGGACAUCUUUCAGCGUACUGGCCACCAGAUUGAUGAUAUGCUGAAGAGCUGCAACUUUAGCGGACAAAACUGCUCAGUGAAUGACUUCAGAGUGGUAUACACACGCUAUGGGAAAUGCUACACCUUCAAUGGGAACAAGACCUUACCAAAGCGGACACGGCAGGGGGGCAUGGGGAAUGGCCUGGAGCUGAUGCUGGAUAUACAACAAGACGAAUAUCUCCCCAUCUGGAGAGAAACCAAUGAAACCACUCUGGAGGCCGGGAUACGGGUUCAGAUUCAUAGUCAAAACGAACCUCCUUACAUCCAUGAGCUGGGAUUUGGGGUCUCACCAGGAUUCCAAACCUUCGUGUCCUGCCAGGAACAGAGGCUGUCGUACCUGCCGCAGCCAUGGGGAAACUGCCGUGCGUCGUCAGAGCCAGUGAUCCCCGGGUAUGACACCUACAGCGUGAGUGCCUGCAGGCUGCACUGUGAGAGCGUCCAUGUGCAGAGAGAGUGCAACUGUCGGAUGAUACAUAUGCCAGGAACGGCAGAUAUCUGUACGCCAUCAAAAGUGAAAUGUGUCGACCGAGCACUUGCGUUGCUGGAGAUAAGCGCAGGAGAUCCGUGCGUGUGCGAGACGCCGUGUAACGUCACGCGCUAUGGAAAAGAGCUCUCUAUGGUUAAAAUCCCCAGCAAAGGCUCGGCACGCUACCUCUCUCGCAAAUACCACAAAACCGAGGAGUAUAUCAGGGACAACUUCCUCGUCCUGGAUGUUUACUUUGAAGCGCUGAACUACGAAACGAUCGAGCAGAAGAAAGCAUACGACAUAGCCGGACUGUUAGGUGACAUUGGAGGCCAGAUGGGACUUUUCAUUGGAGCCAGUGUUCUCACAAUAUUAGAGAUACUCGAUUACAUCUAUGAGGUAAUCAAACAUAGGAUCAAAAGACUCUUGAGACCACAAAAAUACCAGAACCAGCAGAGCCAGAGGAACCAGACGCAGAGAACAAGGAACCACCGUGAUCUGAAUUUGAGGGCCCAGCUAACACCAAGCACCAUUGCGACAGUAAGACUAGAGGAAUUUAAGCCCAGAGAGUCUAGUGAUGGGACACGAGCUCAAGCACACAGUGUCUAUCCAGCAUCAGUGUUACCAAACCACCACACACAAGCCACUGGACAGCAGGACUUUGCUUGCUAGGAGAUGAUUUCUCUUUUAGUUUCCACCCUCUAUCUACAACAAAUUGCUCAUCAGACUUUUGGCCCUUGGAUGACUGGGAAUUGGACAUUUUCUGUUUAGCACCUGUAAAAGCUGCAGCCAAACUCAAACCCACAGGGAGCUCAUACUGAAUGCCCAUUUUUACAGUCAGUGGAAGGUAUGUGGCUUGUUGGGGGUGGGGGGGCUGAAACUGGCUCAUACCGCCUCCGAUACAUCAGCACGUGGUCGUAUUCGCAUCGUUCUGCAUUAGCACUAGUGGAACAAGGCCAAUUUGAUUAUACUGCAUGUCAAUUAUGUUCUGAAGUAGAUGUUUAAAGUUUUUAUUGUUUAUUUCUAUACUUACUUGUCAAUUUUUUUUUUCAAUUUAGAUUAAUCCUGUCACAUGUAUACAGUAUCUCACAAAAGUGACAGGACCCCUCACA